AUGCCUUCUACCUCUCCACAGGAUCCACCGCUUAUUUCUCUAGGAUACGGUGGAGGAGGAGGAGAAGGAGGUGGAGAAAACGCAGAAGGAAACCGUCAAAAUGAGUCUGAGUUGGAGAAUGAAGGGGGAAGAGAACUUCCACUACAACCAGCUCAAGGGAACAGUACAAGCCCGACUAGAGAAAGAAGAGUCGGAAUCUUACCUGGCCAUCCCCAGGAAGGGUUAAACGGGCAGUACAUCCUCCCAAACGCCUCGCCUACGGUGGAAGGAGGAUAA